GAGUUGUCAGUCGUCUUGCCCUCGGUCUCCUCGGUCGCUCCGGAUGAUUCGCCGUCGGCCAUGUCGUUCAUCCCGUCGAGUCCCGCUCGCGCCUCGCCUGCACCCAUGCCCCGAUCCAAGCUCCGCCUCUCCUACACCCGUGACUCGGCGCCAUCAUCGUCCUCAUCGUCCUCGUCCUCGCCAGCAUCAUCCUCCUCGUCGUCGGCACUGUCGUCGUCGCCGAACGCUAAUGCUGCUGGCGCAUCUGCUGCCGGUGAGGGCGGCACAGCCAUGGACUUCCUGCAGACAGAGUAUCCCAGCUCCGAUUCCACGGCGAUGGCGCUGGAAGCAGUCGCUGCUGCUUCGGCCUCGCCAUCCAAGAGUCCCAAGCCGCACCACCUUCAGCUUCCCGGGAGCAUCGCAACUGAUUCUGCGGGCUCCCAGGAGAGGGACCGCCAGUCGGCGGCUGUUGCUGCCAAGCCGCGGCGGUCAGCGACGAGCCUCAGUCCACGCGCGCACCACGGUGCAUCCGGCAGCAGCAGCAGCAGUCGUGAGCCGCAACCGCGAGCUGUGCCCGAUCCGGACCAGGCGCCGCUGAAAGACCGACCCGAGGCGGUUUCGACGUUGUCGACAGGCCGGUCGUCGUCGUCGUCGAUGGUGUUUAUGAAGGACUUGCCAGGCGUCGAAGGCUGGGACGACGAAGAGUACGGCUCGAUGUUCCGAGUCCCCCACAAAUGGGUCAUCCAUCCCAACCACCCGUGGCGGCAGGCGUUUGACGCAGUUAUGGCGGUUGUCCUCGUAUACAUGGUCCUCAUCAUUCCGUUCCGCGUCUGCUUCUCGGUCGAGGCCACGGGCUUCUUCUUUAUCAUGGAGACCACCAUGGACUUUUUCUUCAUUGUCGACAUUGUCUUCAACUUUCGCACCGCCUACUUUUCCUCGCGCAACGUGCUCAUCUACGAGCCGCGAGCCAUUGCGCAGCACUACCUCAAGACCUGGUUUGUCGUCGACUUUAUUUCGGCCUUUCCCAUCGAUCUCUUUGCGCUGCUCUUCCUCGGCGGCUCGGGUACCUCGCAGCGAAACUUGCUGCGGGUGCCCAAGAUUGUGCGCAUGAUCCGACUCGCCCGUCUUGUCCGACUCUUGCGUAUUUUCCGGCUCUCGCGGCUGUACCGCAAGUUCCAGUCGCACGUUGACGUCAACUCGGCCGUCUUUCGGCUCAUCAAGCUGUUUGUCAUGAUUGUUGUGCUUGCUCACUUUCUCGCCUGCUUCUUCUUCCUCACUGCUGUCCUCGAACCGGCGUCCGCCCAGACCUGGGUCCGCAUCUACGGCAUCGAAGACUCUUACGUCUUUAACCAGUACGUCACCUCGUACUACUGGGCUAUCCAGACUGUGGCCUCACUCGGUCUCGGCGACAUUGUGCCGGGAACCACCGUCGAGCAAGUCUUUGUCAUCUUCUCCAUCACCCUCGGCGUCGGCGCCUACUCGUACGCCGUCGGUUCGACCUCGUUCCUCGUCCAGCACAUGGCCCACAACCCGGUCCAGGAAAAAAUCGACGCUGUCAACAACUACAUGCGCUACCGGCAGCUGCCGAACGUCAUGCAGGUUGCCAUCCGCGAGCACUACCUCUUUGCAUGGCAGCGCCACCACGCCGUCCGCAACGAAGACCGCAUCCUCUCGGAGCUCUCGGGCUCGCUCCGGACACAGGUCGCCCUCUUCCUCCAUCGCGAGAUCCUGGCCUCGGUCAACCUCUUUGACGGCUGCUCGGCCUCGUUCAUCACCGAGCUCAUUGCUCGGCUGCGCCCACAGGCCGCUGCGCCUGGCGAGGUCAUUGUCCGCCAGGGCGAGCUCGGUGACCGCAUGUUUGUCAUCAUCGCCGGAAAGGUCGAGGUCGUCACCGCAGACGGCUCGGUCGUGCUCGCCACUCUCGGCCAGGGCGCGUACUUUGGCGAAGCCGCGCUUGUCGAUGACACCACUGUCCGCUCCGCCACCAUCCGUGCCCUCACCUACUGCGACCUCGACAUGCUCACCCGGACCGACUUUGUCCAAAUCCUUGUCCAGCACCCGGACGAGAUCGAGUCACUCUCCAUUGUCCGACAGGCCAACGUGCGCAAGCAGAUGCAGCGGACACUGGAGAUCGCCCGUGCCUCGCCGGCCGGCGCGCAGCUGAGGACCACUGCGAGCCUCAACAUGCACGCCUCGCUCAGCACCGCCGCCCGCCACUCGGGCUCGUCGGUGUCGAUGUACAACACCGGCGAUCACGGCUCACCGAUGGGCCUCACCACCUCGUUCCGUACCCCGCCACGCUCGCCCGCCCAGCACGGCCUCGCAAGUGGCAAGAGUCCGUCGGGCGCCAACCUCGCCACCCUCCACCUCGACCUCUCCAACAUGCGACGCGACUCGCUCUCCACCUUUGUCGACAAGAACGCCCAUCGCAUGCCCGGCUUUGUCGUCUCUGUUCUGGAAAACGAAGGCGACGCCGGUCACGAGACGGCCACUGGCACGCCGCGCGCUGGUUCAUCGCGCCGCGGCUCCGUCUCUACCUCGCGGAGGCUCUCUGUCGAUGCUGCGCGCCGCUCAUCGCUCUCCAUCAUGGCCUCACGCGCGCGCUCGUCCAAGGGCAACGUGGCCGAUUACGCUGUCAACGGCCAAACCCUCCGCCUCGCCGUCUCGAUGGAGCCCGAGUCGCCAGGUGCUGCCCCACCUAUGCCGCGCCUGGUGGCCGUCGCCAUGUCCGUCGGUCAAUCGCCGACCAUGGGCGCCUUCCGCGCUCUUAUUGCCCGCCGCCUCGAAGUCCCACUGCACGCCCUCGGUGCCCUCUACGUCGAGUCACGCUCCGUCGGCGGCAGUGUACAGGAGCAGCCCAUCGAGACCAUGGUCGACAUCCUCGGCCUUGCCGAGCUCACCCGCCUCUUUGUCCGCCGCAGGCUCCACGCCCGCCACUGGGAGCUGGAGUUUGAUGGCAUUGCUGCCUCGGCGGCUGCGGGCGAGCACUACCUCUGGUUGAUGGCUGUAUUCAUUCCUGGUUAUCUGCUGGCCAUCGUCAUCGGUAAGGCCAUCAUGGCUAACCGCUCACCCUUUAGCCUCAAGACCGCUCUCAUUGCUUGGAACGCAGGCCUGGCUCUGUUCUCGGCCAUCGGGGCUGCCAGACUGCUGCCACACUUGGCCAUGAUGAUCUCGCAUCGUGGGCUCUACUUUGCUGUCUGUGCAGAGCCGAAGAACUCGUAUGGGCUCGGCGCAUCGGGACUGUGGACCUUCUUCUUCAUCUACUCGAAGAUCCCUGAGCUGGUGGACACGGCCUUUAUCAUCCUCCGCAAGAAGAAGCUCCUCUUCCUGCACUACUACCACCACUGCACCGUCCUUGCCUACUGCCUCCACUCGUACGCCACAACUGCAGCCCCAGGCCUCUGGUUUGCCUCGCUCAAUCUCUUUGUACAUGCUAUCAUGUACUCGUAUUAUGCUCUCGCCGCCGCGGGCCAUCGCCCCUCGUGGGCCAUCGCCGUCACCAUUCUGCAGAUUGUCCAGAUGGUGGUGGGCAUGUCGCUCGCCGCUGCUGUCGCCUACUUCUGGUCACUCAACAAGCCCUGUCACCAGGCCCCGUCCAACAUGAUCGCCGGCCUCGCCAUGUAUGCCUCUUACUUUGUCCUCUUCUUUAUCUUCUUCCUUCACCGCUACGUCACCGGCGGCAGCAGCUCCAAGGAAAAGCCUUCGGCAAAGCCCAAGGCUGAGUAAAGCUAUCCAGCGGC